CAUUUAACGGUCUAGUCCAAAACACUUACGAGCCAUGGAGGUUUACGAAGCGAGGUACGACUACAAGAAAGAGCGGGACGAUCUUCUGAGUUUCACGAAAGGCGAGAAAUUUUACAUCACCGACAAAACCAAUGACAAGUGGUGGAAAGCCAAGAAACUAGACGACCAUACGUACGGUUAUGUGCCGUCAACGUAUCUGAAGCUGUCAGCAGAAAGGGUUAUAGGAAGAAUCAUACCAGAGGGGAGGAGAGAUACAGAAGAGCACAAGAUCCAUUUACGGGCGUUAGCCGAGAUCCACAAAAAGGUCAAACCGUUACCAGCGAGAGCUCGUUCAGCAAGCUGCCCAGCGCAUGUGAUUGGCCAAGCCAUUGGGGUGGAGCUAAUUGACUCGAGCGACGAGGAGGAUCAGCCAGGGAAGAGGUUUCCUCCUAAGAAGAUUCAGAUUCCUAAGACGGCACUUCGCUUAGAGGGCCUCGCACGCGACAAACCGCUGCCACUGGCACAGCACAAACGCUCUCACACGCACAGGGGAGGGCUAUCGGUGGCGGACACGCCCUCCCCUACGUCACCGCCCCCGUUGCCCACCCCGCCCAUGUCACCCAAUCAGGCCCCGCCUUACAAGAAGCACAGUUGGCCCCAGGGGCCCCACGCCGGUGAGCCACUCACCACAGCGACCCAUCACCAACACCACCUUCACCCGUAUUACAGCGUCCGCCUCCCAUCAAUAACAGGCGUCCGCCUCCCGAUAGAGAGUAAGCAAGAUGAGGAGGAUGAGCUACCUGAUUAUCUCAAGACUCUGCCACCCCCUCCAAUGGUCAAUCCACCCCCUCCUGACUAUGACUUGGAAGACGGCGCCUCAGACAGGAACGACAUGCCCUUCCAUCACAAGCUGAAUUCAUCGGGGAGAUAUCCCUCAUCGUCCUCGGAGGAAGCCAACGACCUCUCUCCAACCUACCAGGGCGUGGACGAAUCCUUACUCAUCAAGCCUAAGCCUCUCCCCAACCCGGUCAAGGAAUCCAGAGAACAUCGGGAAAUGCAUCGAGAGCUCAGAGCAAGCUAUAAAACCGGUGGCCCUCUGCCUCAGAGAGCGGAGCUUGAUGUAGUCAAUCGGGAGAGGUCAUUGAGACAGAGGAGAGAAAAGAUGGAUGCAGAGACCAAAUCCAGACGGACUAGCAUGGAGAUCAAGCUGCAGGAAAGGAAAGACAAAGAACGAAUGGAAGAGGAAAAAGAACAGCGACUUGCUAAGAUGAGGGAGCAAGAAGCAAUAGAAGAAGAGCGAAAACCGGAAUUCAUGAAAGUCAAUCUUAAGAAGACCAACUCCCUUCCAACCACAUAAUACCGGCUGAAUCCUCAUCCCAAGACAACACUGGACAAGAAACCAGAAAUCAUGGAAGUCCAUACCAAGCAGACCAACCCCCUUCCAAAGACAUAAUACCGGCUGAAUCCUCACCCGAAGACAACGCCAGAGAAGAAACCAGAAUUCAUAAAAGUCAAUCUCAUGCAGACCAACCCCCUCCCAAAGACAUAAUACCGGCUGAAUCCUCAUCCCAAGACAACGCUGGAGAAGGACCAGAAUUCAUGGAAGUCCAUCUCAAGCAGACCAACCCCCUCCCAAGACAUUCUAUGUAAUACCUGCUGAAUCCUUACACCAAGACAACGACUCUGACAGUGUGUGUGUGUUAAUCAGCCAAUUUUGUCAAACUUCUACGCACAGUAAAUAGUUGCUUUACAGCAAAGACAGGUCACCAGCCAAAAGUCAUGCAGUUUAUAUUGCUUGUGGCUGGUUUACAUCUGCUAUGCGCUUAGCACAUACAGUUGAAAAGCACUGUCUGCUGUGCAGCUCAAAAUCGGGCCCUGAUUUGUCCCAGUCGUGGUCGCCUCUACCAGUCAACCUAUCCAGGAAAUGCAAAGCAUUGUGGGUAGUGCCCUACUACAGUUAGUGCACCUUCAUUUUGCGUUUUUCCCAUUUUUCAUGGAGAUAAGCAGAAAAGAUUACUUCGCCAGUAAAGAUGCUAAGCAGGAAAACAAUAGGCACUAUUCAGUUACAUCAUAAAAUUUUUUUGGCUGUUAAACGUUUUUUGCUGUUAAGCACGUUUUUUUUCUAUGCGCAGAAAAUGUCUGUGUUUUUCGAAAUUGGACCGAGGUACACGAUUUAUAACAUUUUUCCAUCAAAAGCUGGAAGAGUUAAGUCAUCACCAACACCCUUGAUAGGGUAGUGGGUAUGCACGACCUAACGUUUAGAAUUUCUUCAUAUUUUUUUAUACCGCAUUACCUUGAAAGUUGUCAUCUUUUUAUGGGUUAACCCCCUGUAACAUUUCAACCUCGUGUGUCUCGUUUUUAAAACAGACACAGUUCUUUUGUAAACGUUUUACUAUACAGUUUCCGAUUGCCUUCCUUUUUAAUACGGUGGUAAGUUAAAUAUAUGUACAUUCUUGAAGCUUCAGUGGGGCAUUAUUUUCAGUUACAAAUUAACUUCAUGCAUGUCGUUGUCCUUCCAGGAGAGUCCAAGGGACCUCAUUUUAAAUAAAGCAGGGGUGUGAAAUCUCAGCUUUAAAGCUGAUUUCAGCUUUUUGUUUGUUUUGGAUUUCAGCUUUUUGUGGUCACUCAUACCCCUGUGGAGGUGCUUAGCGUACAAUUUUGCUCAGCACAGAACAAUUUAGUUGGCAAGGUCGGUUUACCAGUUAACAUUUUGUGUGAUGUAUAUUGCUGAGUGGCUGGUUCCCGGCUAGAGUUUGCUAAGCAUUAAAAUAUGCUGUUAUAACACCUCUUCCACAGAUUCUGUAUCUUGAUUGGCCGAGAGUGCGUCACAUGGCAUUGGCUAUUUUUACUAUUAUGCUAUGAAUGGCAAACAGGACUGUGUGCAUGCAUCUAUGGAUGUAUAUGGGUGUUCGCAUUGCGCGUAAUUGUUCUACAGGUUACAGCGUUGAAACUUUUCAUGCGAAGGGGUACUUUGCAAAAGUGCGAGUGAAUCUCAACUACUUCCAUAUUGGAAAAGAGCAAUGUUGUAUUUGGAUUUGGUUGAAUAAAUUAAAUAAACAGGUUUUCUCUCCAAGUCAAUUAGAAUCUGUGGCUGAGGCAUUACUAAACAAAUAUUGACUGCUUUAACUUGUGGUGUAGUAAAAAUAGCCUCCCUCUGUGAUCCAUGGACUGUUCCAUUUCCGUUGGCGAAUAAAUAAUGCUCCAUGGAUCUCCUUGAUUGGUUGAAUUCAAAGACUUGAUGAAGUACGUAUGUUGAACUUUGUGUCGAAUCAGUGUUAAUAAUCUAUGUUGUUAAUGUGAGUGUCCAUGUGAAAGUACCAAAUGACAAAAUAGCGCCGUAAAUUUUAAUGUCAGAGAUCCUGUACUAUUUCCAGUACUAGUCAUUUAUUUGUACAAUUGAGUUCCCCUACAUGUCUUCCCGUUAAACCAAGUUAAGAGGUUGGCAUUUCUCCUAUAAGAAAUGCUCAUCUUUAAUAAGAAAUCGUUGAAAUAGCUGAUGAAAUGAUAUUCAUUUGGAUGGCAAUUAGAUUGUUCUAUCCAAUCUUUGUAACAGUUGAUGUAUUUAGCCUAUUAAAAUAUGGAUUAAAAGUGAGAGAUGAGUUUUUAUAAUGAUCGAAUACUAAUAUUGAUCGAAUGUAACAAUUUGUAUCUUAAGUGGGCUGUAUCCAAAAACAUUAUUUCAGUAUUUAGUCAAUGUGUAAAAAAACAUUCAAGUUUUUUUUAUAUUUUGAGUAUAGCACCACUUGUAUUUAAAAUGCCUUGCUGUAUGUGCCUUGAUUAACGUUCAUGUAUGCACAAGUAGAUAUCUUUUUGUUGGUGAAUUUUGUACCAGAAAUGUUGAGAUUGCUAAAUUUGUGGCCCAAAGUAAAGUCAAAGAGUUUAAUACA